AUGGAAGAGACGCCUGGUAAGGCUACGAGUGACGCCGUCGUCACAGAGUUCACGGAGAGGGGUGGUGCUGCUGAGUCCAAGAAAGGUGUCGCUGACCAGCCGGGCACUCCUGAUGACCGCAAGGGCGCGCAGCGAUCGCAUCGAGAUUCCGCAACGUCCUCGUCGGGUCGCCGCAAGAGCAAAAGACGAAGCAAGUCGUCACUCGAGACCACACGAGUCAACGCUGAGAGCAAGCAGGUGGUGCAGAAUAUGAAAGAGGACAUGUCCAAGUCGACAACGGAGAUAGCUUCCGUAGAAACCCCGACGCCAGCUCCGGCGGAACCGGCUGCACUGCCAGAGUCACCUGCAGUGCCAGAGCCCACGGCUGCUGCACGUCCAGAGUCAUCUGCAGUACCAAAGCCCAAGGCCGCUGCCGCCACCUCUUCCGAUCCACAACAGCAGGUCGAGAAAGACAUAGAGGUGCACGAAAGAGGGGCCGACAGUUCGGUGCACUCCGCCACGGGGGCGUUGGUGCACGUACUUUUCCUAGUGCUGGCCAUCCUGACUUUCCUCGUGUCUCUGGACGUGCUCAGCGCCGCCUUCAAGCUGAUCAGUGGCCGCGCGGCGGGCCGCGUAUUCACCAACAGCAGCGUGUUACGCAACCCCGUGGUGGCCCUCAUGAUCGGCGUCCUCGUCACGGUCAUGGUGCAGAGUUCUUCCUCGUCCACCUCCAUCACCGUAUCCAUGGUUGGCUCCAACCUGCUGACGGUGCGCAGCGCGGUGCCCAUCAUAAUGGGCGCCAACGUGGGCACCUCGGUGACCAACACCAUGAUCUCGCUGAUGCACGUCAAGCGACGAGACGAGUUCCGCCGGGGGUUUGCAGCUGCCACGGUGCACGACAUCUUCAACUGGCUCACCGUGCUCGUCCUGCUGCCCAUCGAAGUGGCAUUCAGGAGCGCAGCGCUAUUCAACUGGCUGAACUGGAGCGACACGGCGACGGGAGCCUGCUGCUUCGCGCUGGCCGUGCUGAGCAUCCUGCUCUGUUUCUACGUCUUGGUUAAGGUGCUCACCGGACUCACGCAGAGCCACGUUGUCAAGGUGCUGACGGUGUGCGUGAACCGCGAGUACAGUUUCCCAGCGUCGAUGCUGGUCGGCUACCUGAGUCUGCUCCUGGGCUGCCUUAUCACGUUCGUGUUCCAAAGCAGCUCGGCAUUCACUUCAGCGCUGCUGCCGUUUGCGGCACUGGGCAUGCUGGACCUGGACCGCGUGUACCCGCUCACGCUGGGGUCGAACGUGGGCACCACGGCCACUGGUCUGGUGGCCGCACUAGCUGGUAGCCCCGUGACACGGGAGCACGCGCUGCAGAUCGCCCUGUGCCACUUCUUCAACGUCAUCGGCAUCCUGCUCUUCUAUCCGCUGCCCUUCCUCAGAAUCCCGUUGUUCAUCGCGCGACGGCUGGGCGAGACGGGCGCCAAGUACCGAUGGUUCGUGCUCUUCUACCUGCUGCUGACGUUCGUGCUCAUUCCGCUGGGGGCGCUUCUGCUAUCACUUCUCGGCGACGUUCCAUUCAGCAUCAUCAUGGUCGUCAUCAUAUCAUGCGCACUACUCACGACGUUCAUCAACGUGCUCCAGGAUAAGGCACCGGACCUGCUGCCCGUGCUGCUACAGAGCUGGGACUUCUUGCCCCUGUGGAUGCAUUCCUGGCACCCAUGGACCGCUUUUCAAGCAACCUGGAGCGCGUACCUUUCUGCCAGGUGUUCCUCAAUGAGAUGUCCUUCAUCUCCGAUCCCCACGUCGACGAUCCGCCUGUUGUGUGCCUGA